AUGCCGGGGAAACGCACUGCGAAGAAGAGCCCGGUGCCAGAAGAAGAGUCUCCUGGAAGGAAAAGGAUUAAAGUCUGCCACCCGUCCCACCGGACGCAGCCUGGCCUGGUGCUGACGCUGGGGCAGGGGGAUGUUGGCCAGCUGGGCCUGGGGGAGGACGUGAUGGAGAGGAAGAAGCCGGCCCUGGUGCCGCUGCCGGAGAUGAUGGUGCAGGUGGAAGCCGGAGGGAUGCACACGGUGUGCCUCAGCCAGACGGGAAAAAUUUACACCUUUGGCUGCAACGAUGAAGGUGCCCUCGGGCGCGACACCUCGGCAGAAGGGUCGGAGACCACGCCGGGGUUGGUGGAGCUGCAGGAAAAGGUGGUGCAGGUCUCUGCGGGGGACAGUCACACAGCCGCGCUGACAGAAGACGGCAGGGUUUUUGUCUGGGGCUCUUUCCGGGAUAACAACGGGGUGAUCGGCUUGCUGGAGCCCAUGAAGACGAGCUCUGUUCCUGUGCUGCUCCAGCUCAGCGCACCCGUCAUUAAAAUUGUCUCAGGGAAUGACCACUUAGUGAUGCUGACGGUGGACGGUGACCUCUUCACAUGCGGCUGCGGCGAGCAGGGCCAGCUGGGGAGAGUGCCGGCGCUCUUUGCCAACCGAGGAGGAAGGAAAGGGCUGCAGCGCCUGCUGGUCCCCCAGCGCGUCCCUGUCAGAGGCAAAGGCAACAGAGGCAAAAUGCGCUUCCAGGACGCCUUUUGUGGGGCUUACUUCACCUUCGCUGUCACGCAGGAGGGACACAUCUAUGGAUUCGGCCUCUCCAACUACCACCAGCUGGGGACCCAGGGCACCGAGCCCUGCUUCUCCCCGCAGAACCUGACGUGCUUCAAGAACUCCACCAAAUCCUGGGUCGGGUUCUCUGGUGGGCAGCACCACACGGUGUGCGUCGACUCGGAGGGUAAAGCCUACAGCCUGGGCAGGGCCGAGUACGGCCGGCUGGGCCUCGGGGCAGGGGCAGAGGAGAAGAGCACGCCCACGGUCAUCCCGGAGCUCCCCAGCAUCUCUUCCGUCGCGUGCGGCGCAUCGGUCGGCUACGCCGUCAGCAGUGACGGACGAGCGUUUGCCUGGGGCAUGGGCACCAACUACCAGCUGGGCACAGGGGAGGAGGACGACGUCUGGAGCCCCGUGGAGAUGACAGGCAAGCAGCUGGAAAACCGCACGGUCCUGGCCGUCUCCAGCGGCGGCCAACACACUGUGCUGCUGGUCAAGGACAAGGAGCAGAGUUGA